GCUAAUAUUCGAUCGUGAAAAUACGUAGACAGGUAUAGACGACGUGAUUGCAAGUAUUUUUAUUUGACUUUUACAGAGGGUGAAGAAAAAGUGCGAUAGAAACAAAAUAAAAGUUCUCUCGACCGUGGACGACGGCUAAGACAUUUUAGAAUUUUCGUAGAUCUUUCGAAGCGAAGAUGGGCCAGCGUUUGACGUUACAUGAACUACCGAUCAGCAAUUAACGGAUCGAGAAAUGUAAAUCGUCCAAGAGCUGUUAAUUAAGUGACGACACCAACAGAAAUGAGAACUUUGCCACGUGGCAUACAGACAGCGAUGCGUUAAAACAUUUUUUUUUUUGGGGGGGGAUGCUGUGAUUCUUUGAUAAUUGUUUGGUUGUUCUUGUUUUGUUUUUUAAAAAUUCAGAUGGAUCUGUACUUGUUCCAGAUAGAAACCAAUCUGUGCGGAAUGGAUUUCACCUCCUGGCGGAAUGUGCCACGGUAAAGCAUCUGACGUUGGCUGCUGACGAUGGCCGGUCGAGAUCCCGUUUCUAAUCCAAAAGUCUCCCUGUCACCACUUUCGAGAUUCUUCCAGCCAAAGGACAAAGAAAAUACGGUAUUUCAUUCGAGUCGUAAAGUGAUUUUUACGACUGCAGUCUGGGGCUGUACAGAUGCACCUAUCACGACCGGAAAACGAUAUUCGAUAUGCUGGCCAAUAAAACACGAUUCUACAACCACUUCGCCCGUAUACGUGAAGUGUAUUUCACGUUCUUUUAACGACAUUUGGCCGCAAGACGAUAGUGCAUUUCUUUUAUUGCGUGCACGAUAUUAUUGCCUGUGCUGGGGGGAGGCAAUAGAGAACACGCCAUCUUACGGGGAAAUCUGACAACAAGCAGACGACUUUCUAACGAGACGAAAGUGUUUGUUACGCGAUUCAAAACACAUGAUGGAUUCCACCGAAAUUUCUGAAAGCAUCUCGUGUUCUUCACAAGAUGAAAUGACGCCCACUGCUGAGGCAAUCGAGCAGGCGAUCGACUAUGACGCUUUGUAUGAUCGUGUGAACUUGAAAAGUGAACUACUUGAAAAUCGGUCUGCUCCUCUUACUGACGUCCAGCAUGAAUCACUAGUCCCAGAAUUGAGAAUCUACCAAACCAAAGCUGUUAACUGGAUGCUGAAGCAGGAACGUUGCAGUAGUGUCAAGGGUGGAAUCUUGGCUGACGAAAUGGGACUGGGGAAGACAGUAGAAGUACUUGCCCUGAUUCUAAAUAAUGCAAGAGAAAAGCUUUCAGAUAUUGAAUACCAAGAACCUUUGACUGAAAUAAAAGCUCAGUCCCCAGAAAAAAUACCCCAGUCUGAAGCCAAAAGAGCAAAAAUCGAAGAUCAGUGUACGAAAUGUGCAAACCGAACCAUAGGCCAAACAAUUGAAAAUGUCAUUUGGCGAUUCAGUCCCGACAAUGAAAAGUCCACAAUCCAGAAAGUGAUUGACCUUCACUGUGGUGACAUACAAAAUGAAAACCCAAAAGUCACAAGAAAAAAAAUGCGUUGCUGCCUUUGUCCCAAACAAACAGUUCGCGAAAGGCUGAAUAAUCAUUACAACGACGCUCUUGCCGAGUUUAGCUGUCUGAAGAGUCUCCAGAGACGCUCAGAUGCGGUAAAUGAAGAUACUAUUACUAGAAUUCUUUGCGUUUGCGGUAAAACUGAAGCCGAAAUCAGCCCGUUGGUCCAGUGCCCGAAAUGCAAGACACAACAGCACAGCAAUUGCAUUCAUUAUGACCUGACUGAUCCCCUUCGUGGACCCUACCUUUGUCCUCAAUGUUGGGCCGAACAGGAACCCAUUGAAUCCUGUGCCACGUUAAUCAUCACACCGUCGACUAUCUGUACUCAAUGGGUCGAAGAAAUCAAACGACACGUUCGCGAUCGUUUUCGAAUUCUCGUUUAUCAAGGUGUUCACGGACAGGGCUAUCAUCAGCCCGUCCAGUUGGCCCGUGGCUAUGACGUCAUCAUCACCACGUACGAAAUCCUGAGGAAGGAACUCUACUUUGCCGAGGUCAAAACAGGACAGAAGCGGACACGGCGUAAAGCGGCAACUUACAUGGCUCCUCCAUCUCCUUUACUGUCCGUCCGCUUCUGGCGUUUGUGCCUGGACGAAGCUCAGAUGGUGGAAGGCUCUGCAACACGAGCGGCCGAAAUGGCCCGCAAAUUUCACACUGUCCAUCGUUGGUGCGUGACGGGCACCCCCAUUCAGAAAUCCGUCCAAGACCUUCAUGGCUUAUUCAUGUUCCUGGACGUUGCAGUCGAUCGGCGUGUCCUUUUCAAUCCAGUUGGCCUUGUUGAUGUUUUGGCGCCCAUUUUCUGGCGUACAAGGAAAAGCGCAGUGACGGAGCAGAUCCAGCUGCCGGAACAAACGGACGAGACUCAUUGGCUCUCGUUUUCUGCAGUCGAACAACAUUUUUACCAACAGCAACAAGCCCAGUGUGCUCAGGACGCAACGGUCCGGUUUCUCAAAUUCAGCGGAGAUCUUAAAACCAAAAUAAGCAGCCUCGAUCCGCAUACACUCAAAGUUCUCCUCUUCCCACUUUUGAGGCUCCGUCAGGCCUGCGUCCAUCCGCAAAUGGUUCGCGGACAGUUUUUGACACUCCGGCCGCAAACCAAGACGUUAACGAUGGAGGAAUUGCUUUGUACGUUGAUCAAACGAGCCCAGCUGGAAUGCGAAGAGAGCCAGAGGUUGAGAGUCUCGGCCGCCAACGGUCAGGCCGCGUUGCACAUCAUUCAGGAAGAAUGGGCACAAGCGGCCGAAAAGUAUCGUGACGUCAUUAGGUGGGCCGAAGAGAUCAAAGAUUCCGUCAAGACGGAUACGCUUCAACGAUUGCACACGUUCCAUAACUUGGCCGAAAUCAUACGGACGGCUCCUCCCGGUGCUAUUCCGCCCACGCUACGUGACAGCCAGCUGCAAGAGGAAGCCGAUCAAUUGAAAAAACAUUAUCUUGGUCGGGCGUUGGGCCAAGUGGAGAGUGCGCGUGCGACCUUGGCCACCCUGACGCUGAAGGUCACCGGCUUCAAAACCGAAUUGGAAGUUAUUCAAGUGCAAAUGGAUGAAAUAUGGUGGACAGCAUUGAUCCAGUGGUCGGACGAUGCAAAUAUAUCGGACAAACUGGUGGAGGAAGUGAAAGAUAAAUUGACUGACGAAGCACAUAACAGCAAAAUGACGUCCCAAUUCAGCGGGUUCAACAGUGUCAACGCAUUGAAGUUUUUACUGUUUUCAAGAUUAGAAGAAUUGGAAGAGCAACGCAAAGCAGUCACCGAGCGAAUGCGUUGGCUGGAAGUGACGUCGAUCGAACGCCUGUCACAAGACGCGUCUGAUUGUCAUUUGAGGCCGUUGCAGGGCCGUCGCAAGAAGGAUCGCUGUCCGAUUUGCAUCGUUCACGACCAGAUAGAGGAUUACGAAUCGCUUCUCUUCCGCAUGGCUGAUCGGAAGAAUCAGGAAGACGAGUGGGACAACGUCGACGAAGACGCUCCGGCCGUACUGGAAGCGCUCCGUCGCGGCACGUGGGCCGAUAGCGAAGCCGAGCGCAUCCUCAAGCACAUGCUUCAAUUUGCACGGAAGCAUACGGCUCCCCAAUCCGUCCAAGAUGGUGGAUCCGUUCAUCUGAAGUUGCUGGACGCUUGCAAAAAGGAAUUCCGGCAAAUCCGCGUCGUUUGGCGUCAGUUGAACGAUCAGGCUUCAGCCGUCGAUGAGCUGAGUAUGGCCACACUGCGACUUCGCCUCCGGCUUCCGCACGAACUCCCGCAACCGAAACCUACUGUCCAAAUGCUGGACAACAAGAAUCCCAAUCAGGUGAUGCCCAUUUAUCUGCUGGAACCGCACGAUGUCGACAUCCAGUACGGCAAGUUAAAUUGCGAUCUGACGGUGGCUGGCCAAGCGUUGAAACGGCACAUGGGGCACGUUUUGUACCUGAAGAAUCUGGAAAUGGCUGGUUUUGGAAAGACUGGCAAUCAGAAUCCUGACCCUUGCCCGGUUUGCCAAUGUCAGCUGGGUGAAAAAUGGAGCGUCCUCGUGUGUGGCCACUCGUUUUGCAUGGACUGCAUCGAGCUGCUCAUUAGCCAAAGUCAUAGCAAACUGACGAGGAAAUUAAAAUGCGCUAUUUGUCGUGAUACCACCGCUCUGUUCGAAAUCGCUUACGUUGACGCACAAGCGGAUGCAUCCGAAAAUCCUUCACUUGUUUCUGUCCAAGUCAAAGGUUCCCAUUCUACCAAAGUGCAAGCCGUUGUCCAGCAGCUUUUAUUGAUCAAGAAAGAUGAUCCUUCCGCCAAAUGCCUCGUCUUUUCCACCUGGGUCGACGUGUUGCUGAUCGUAGGCCGGGCACUAGACGAAAAUGGCAUUUCGUAUUGUUCCCUCUUUUCUAAUAAUUCCCAGGUGCAGUUGAAUAGGUUCAAACGUGAUCCUACUGUCACUGUUCUACUCAUUCCAGUCCAAUCGGGCGCCAAUGGUCUCAAUCUUGUCGAAGCUACUCAUGUCCUCCUCAUGGAGCCCAUCUUAAACCCCGGAAGCGAACUCCAGGCUAUCGGACGUGUCCACCGUAUUGGACAGACCAAACCCACUGUCGUCCACAGGUUCCUCGUCAAACACACAAUUGAAGAGAAGAUGGCCCUGAUGUUGGAUAAACAUCGAUCCGCCCUGACAUCAAAGAGCUCCAUCAGUGUCAAAGAGAAUCCCGUUACAUUGGCCGAUUUGAAAGAUUUGUUCAACGACCACACAGAGUAACAUCUCUUCCCUUUUAUCUAUUUUUAUUUUUUAAUUAUUAUUAUCGUUUUAAUCUUUGUUCGAUAAUUGCGUUUCGUUUUAUUCGAACUAAUACGUGUACGUGUACCCACAUCGAUUUCAUACAUUAUUUCAGUUGUUUCUAAACGAGACGGUGCGCGACGCCUUCUCCCAAAUUAGAUUAUAAUCUAAAGGAUUCAACAACAACAAAAAAAAGACUACUAAUAUUAUUUUAAGCUUCUUAGACAAUUGUGCCACUGGGUUUGGGGCAAUUUUGUCAGUGUGACGAGCUUGUGAAAUAAGCCGUAACAUGUCUCCACUUGUAGGUCCUCCGAAAUCGAUGGAAUUCUUUAAAGCAUUUUCUUUUUAAAUGGAUGAAAAAACUCAGUAAGGUGAUUAAUUUUUGAAUUUUCUGUUGUUUAUUGAUCAUAUACUUUCCAGUUCCAUAUUUAUUUUUUUUGUUUACAUUGAGGUUACAUAUAGUGUAAUGUAAAUGGGAGUUGGACAAUGGAUGUUUGUUGACCCUCAAGGUUGGAUAUAUUUUCUCCU